AGACUGAGGGAGCCGGGGCUGAAACAGGAUAAUAGCCUUUAAAUCCCCUUCUCUGAGCACUCAGAUCUUCCCUGUCAGCAAGAUUAAAGCGGUCAACAGCAGUCCCCGUGUGUCUGUGUCCCUGCCUGAGCUUUAACAACAACUGGAGGUGGUGGCUGGACGGGAGAGAAAUGUGAAACUGCCGCUGUGUUUGAUGCUCCAGAGGGAAAGAAAGAAGCACUGUUUGUCUCAGUGGUGGUGGCAGUGGGGACUGGUGUUAGUCCCUCAGUCAGGUGGAGGCAAAGGAAGGAGAGGAGGAGGAGAGAGAAGCAUCAUGUUGAAGUUUAACCAAAGGAGACCAUUCCCAUUCUCAGACUGUAAAGGAAGGGAAGGAGCUGCAACAAAUAUUGUUCCCCCAGAAACCAAUGCGGGAGAGGAGAAAGAAAGAAUGUGCUCACAGACGAAGAGUGUGGUUUCUGCUACUACUCCAUGGGCCUCUCAGUCUGUGCUGCCUGUGGGAACUGAGGGGAACUACCACUAUUAUGUGGAGGAGGAGGAGGAAGAAGAAGAGGAGGAAGAUGAAAGGCAGCUGCAAAAUCCGUCUCAGGAGAGAAGUAAGUUCUCGUCACCAUUUCCCAGCCCCCCUGCCUUCUCCUCCAGAAUAGCAGCGUCUGCUUCUUCCAUGCUGAACAUAAAUGUAGGUGGCAAAAGUUACCGCCUCACCUACCAGGCAGUGGCCAUCUACCCUAAGACCCGUCUGGGCCGCUUGGCCACGUCCACCGAUCGCCAUUGCCAGCUGGGUCUGUGCGAUGACUAUGCGGUUCAGGGGGAUGAGUACUUCUUUGAUCGGGACCCCGCUGUCUUCCAGCUGGUCUACAACUUCUACGCCUCUGGGGUGUUGCAGGUGCGCGACGAGCUGUGCCCACUCAGCUUCCUGGAGGAGCUGAGCUACUGGGGGGUGCGGCUCAAAUACACACCGCGCUGCUGCCGCAUCUGCUUCGAGGAGCGGCGUGACGAGCUGAGCGAGCAGCUGAAGGUGCAGCGGGAACUGCGUGCCCAGGCGGAGUCCCAGGAGAGCGAGCAGCUCUUCCACCACAUGCGCUACUAUGGCCCCCAGCGUUGGCGCCUCUGGAACCUAAUGGAGAAGCCCUUCUCCUCUGUCAGCGCCAAGGCUAUGGGGGUGGCCUCCAGCCUUUUUGUGCUCGUCUCUGUGGUGGCACUGGCUCUCAACACUGUGGAGGAGAUGCAGCAGGUGGACAGGAAAAGCGGAGAGAGUCGCCCUAUGCUGGAGCACGUCGAGACGCUGUGCAUCGCCUUCUUCACCCUGGAGUAUCUGCUGCGGCUGGUCUCCACCCCAGACCUGCGCCGCUUCGCGAGCAGCCCCCUCAAUGCCGUGGAUCUCAUCGCCAUCCUCCCCCUUUACUUCCAGCUGCUGCUGGAGUGCUUUGCAGACGAUGACCAGCCCCGAGGCCGGGGCUCUCAGCACAAGCAUGACAUUGAGAAGGUGGGACGGGUGAGCAAAGUAGGGCAAGUGCUGCGCAUCAUGCGCCUGAUGCGGAUCUUCCGCAUCCUCAAGCUGGCCCGCCACUCCACAGGCCUGCGCGCCUUCGGCUUUACCCUGCGCCAGUGCUACCAGCAGGUGGGCUGCCUCUUGCUCUUCAUUGCCAUGGGCAUCUUCGCCUUCUCCGCCAUGGUCUACUCUGUGGAGCACGACGUCUCCAGCACCAGCUUCACCAGCAUCCCCCAUGCGUGGUGGUGGGCUGCUGUCAGCAUCUCUACAGUGGGCUAUGGUGACAUGUGUCCAGAAACUCACCUCGGAUGCCUGUUUGCUUUCCUCUGCAUUGCUUUUGGAAUAAUUCUGAAUGGAAUGCCCAUCUCCAUCCUCUACAAUAAAUUCUCAGACUAUUACAGCAAACUGAAGGCCUAUGAGUAUACAGCUGUAAGGAAGGAAAGAGGCAAGAUUGACUUUAUACGACGAGCCAGGAAGAAAAUGUCUGAGUGCUGUGAAGAAGGCCCAACCCAUUAUUUACCAAGGCCUAGAUACAAUUAAUACUCCAGGAAAGAUAAAGGGACAGAGGAGCAGAAGGGGAAAGCAGAGGAAACACUAUUACAACGGAUCACCCAAGUCAAAUAAAGAUAAAGCAACAGCUCUAAAAGGAAUAAGAAAAUACUGAAGGCAAAUCUCAAACUUUAGUCUUUUUAAAAAAUUACAGAUCUAUUUUACUAGUUUCUUCACAGCGUCUUUUUGCUGGUGCUCAUUCUUACAGCAGCAAUGAGCCUGGUUUAUAUGUGCGAUGCCAGCGUCGAUGGCGCUCGAUGAAUUAUCCAGCCAGAGACUUUGAGUUGUAUAGCUGAAGCAGGGCUGUAAUGCCAUGCCUGAUACACAUCCUACAAUAAUGACCCACCAUGGCCAAAUCAAAAGAAACCGAGUCUGUUCCCAUGCAGUGGCUGCUACUCAGCAAUAGGCAGGAUGACUCUUACCUCAAAAAUUAAACAGAUGUAGAAGGGGGGAAAAUAUAUUGCUUUGCAGUGCAGAAAUAGGUUAUGUAUUAGGUUUUUAAACAUGGUGCGGACACAGAUAGUAUGGACCCGCUAUAGCUACAUCAGUUGCUUUCACAUAUAAACAUCUUUCUUAGGUUUUUGGACCUUAUUUGUCCUAUACCACAUAGUUCAUGGUUCGAUUUGCCAAUAUUAUUUUUAAUGCAGCCUUGCAGAAUUGUACUUGCUUCCUGGCCCAGAGCGAGUAACUUUAGGAGUGAGAAAAAUGUUGAUUUUAUUCUUUUUUGUUUUUUCCAUUAAUAUCUGCCCUAAUGGCAAAGAACUGGUUAGUAAGUUUGGCUAAACAUUUGUGAUAGAUUUCCAAGCCCAUUUUAAUGCAAAAAAAUCUGUUUAAGAAUACAGAUGUAAACUAAAUGUACUUUAUAUGAGCAACCGUGUUUAAUGUUAAUAUCGUCUAUUAGUGUGUUAAGAACUAUAUGGGUUAGUUGUGGUUCAGAUCUAAGUUAAAAUACAGUUCUGAAAACAUAAGAGCGGGCAUACUGGGUCAGACCAAAGGUCCAUUUAGCCCAGUAUCCUGGCUUCUGACAGUAGCCAAUGCCAGGUGCUUCAGCGGGAAUGAACAGAACAGGUAAUCAGCAAGUGAUCCAUCCCCUGUCACCCAUUCCCAGCUUCUGGCAAACAAAGGCAAAGGACACCAUCCCUGCCCAUCAAAAGGGAAAGGACAUGGUUAGCUAAUAGGGCAUUUUCUUCCCCAGGAUCUUAGCAAUAGAUCUUCCAGUAGUUUUGAAACUAUACUUAUAAGAAAAGAAGCAUUUGAAUUUGUUUCAACAUUGAUAAAAUCAUAAUAAA